AUGGUUGUGCGAGGAUUGGAGGGCAUUGCUUCAGCGUGUUUCAUGACCGCUUCGUUCGCCAUCGUAUCGUCCGUGUUUCCGAAUUCCGUGUCUACCAUGAUCGCAAAAAUUUUCAACGGUUUGGGCUUCUCGCUUGGUCCACCAAUUGGAGGCGCACUUUACGAGGUAGGAAACUUCAUCAUGCCAUUCGCCGUGCUCAGCGUCUUGCUGUUGAUCGCAGGAGUUCUUGCCAUCCCUUUGGUGCCGAAGAACACAGGUCAGACUUAA